CUGGAAGCCCCAGCAAAACGCCCACCGCGACUCCGCAACUCCCUCUCCCUCGAAACCCGCGAAAUCAAUCGAUCGCACAACCCUACCGAACGGACGGCGCAACGGGAUCGAUCGAUGGCGGCCGCCGCGGACGAGUGGCGGUGCCGGAAGCACCCGCGGGCGCCGGGCGGCGGCGUGUGCGCGCACUGCCUCCGCGACCGGCUCCUCCGCCUCUGCCCCGACUGCGCGCGGGCGCGGCCCUGUCCCUGCGCGGCGGCGUCCUCCCCGUCUUCCUCGUCGUCCUCGGCGGCCUCCGGCAGCGCCGCCGCCGUGGGACGCGUGUGCAGCCUCAUCGAGCGGGAGCGCCGGAUCGGGCGGUCGCGGUCCGUCGCGGCGUCCGGAGCCGGCGGCAUUGGCGUUGGCGGCGAGGAGAAGCAGCGCAAGUCGUCCAGGGUCCUCGGGUGGGUCUCGUUCCGGAAGCCGGCGGCGGGUGGGAGGGGAUUGGAGGCGGAAGAUCAGCAGCAGGAGGGGGACGAGAAAGGAGAUGACGCGACGGCGGCGGCAUUGGCGCGCUCGAGAUCUGUUUCCGCGGCGGCGGCGGAGGCGAAAGGAGGGGCGAAUUCGAAGGCGGGAUCAGGGUGGGGCAGGUUCCUUCCCGGCCCGAUCAAGGCGCUGCGCCACCGCAAGUCCUCGCGCGCCGGCGCCGGCUCUAGAGGCGAUCGGCGAGAGAUUGUGAGGUGAGAUCGCCGGUGAGUUAGAUUCGGUGCAUGCAGUGGAUGCGAGUUCUUUGUUGUUACAGGGGAGGAGGGUUAAUUAGCGUGGCAGCUAACUUUUAAUCAUUCGGUUGGUUCUUUUUCUUCUUCUUUUUUGCGCGCUCGUGGAUUAAUUUGUCCGUGUGGUUCUGUAAGUUGUUCUGGCCUUUUUUGGAUCUUGCCGCCAACCAUAAAGAAGUGUGAAUAUGUUACUCUUGUUGGAGAGA